GCCAGAGCUGAGCUGAUCCCACGUGUGACGCUGCUUUCCCCGGCUCGCCACUGUUCUCUUAGCGGGGGCUUCGGCUACAGCGGUUCGCUCUGCCAGCCAGCCAGCAAGCCAGCCAGCCAGCCAGCCAGCCAGCGCUCCACUCACUGCCUGCGGUCGGUCUGCUUCAGCUAUGGAGGCGGACGGGAGCCAAGCCACAUCUGGGAGUCCUAACGAUUCACAACACGACCCAGGUAAAAUGUUCAUCGGUGGCCUCAGCUGGCAAACUUCACCAGACAGCCUUAGAGACUAUUUUAGUAAAUUCGGAGAAAUCAGAGAAUGUAUGGUGAUGAGGGAUCCCACGACCAAACGCUCCAGGGGAUUUGGGUUCGUUACGUUUGCGGAUGCGGCCAGUGUAGAUAAAGUCUUAGGUCAACCUCACCACGAAUUAGACUCAAAGACGAUUGACCCUAAAGUUGCCUUCCCCAGACGUGCUCAACCCAAGAUGGUCACAAGAACAAAGAAAAUAUUUGUAGGCGGAUUAUCAGCUAACACAGUAGUUGAAGAUGUGAAGCAGUAUUUCGAACAGUUUGGCAAGGUAGAGGAUGCCAUGCUUAUGUUUGAUAAAACCACAAAUAGGCAUAGAGGAUUUGGCUUUGUAACUUUCGAGAAUGAGGAUGUGGUGGAGAAAGUCUGUGAGAUUCAUUUUCACGAAAUCAAUAAUAAAAUGGUAGAAUGUAAGAAGGCCCAACCCAAGGAGGUGAUGUUUCCUCCGGGGACGCGAGGGCGAGCCAGGGGUUUGCCCUACACCAUGGACGCCUUCAUGCUAGGAAUGGGCAUGCUGAGUUACCCAAACAUUGUAGCAACGUAUGGCCGAGGAUACACUGGCUUCGCCCCGAGCUACAGCUACCAAUUCCCUGGUUUUCCUGCGACGGCAUAUGGUCCUGUGGCGGCAGCAGCGGCAGUGGCAGCAGCACGUGGCUCAGGUAGGGCGGCCCGUGGAAGAGGCGGCUACGCAGCAUACCCGCACAGCACAGGGCCAGGCUUCCCCGAUUAUGGUUUCUAUUCCUCGCCAAGUGACCAACGGGGGCCCCCCUUCUCCUUUGCGGACUAUGGCUCCCUGGGCCCGCAGGCGGCUCAGCUGCUGCAAAGCGAGCAUGCCACCUCCGCCUGCAACUCCCCCCUGCAGCACCUGCCCAGCCCGGAUCAGUAUAAGAGCCCAGGCACCAACCCUCCUCGGCCUGGAGCCUUCCCUGGAGCCAGCAGCCCCGGCCCUGUGGCUGACCUCUACGGACCCACCAGCCAGGACUCCGGCGUGGGUAAUUACAUAAGCGCUGCUAGCCCCCAGCCCGGUUCCGGUUUUGGUCACAGUAUCGCCGGUCCUUUGAUUGCGACAGCUUUUACAAAUGGAUACCAUUGAAAACCUAACAGGUGCUUGGUUGCCAUCUCAUUCGAGCAGAGUUUAUCAGGAGGUCCGGGGAAGGCAGGCCGGAGUUUCUAAUUGGUUCUGUGUACAGGUAAUGGCCAUAUAACUUCAAGCACUGCAGAGAGGAAGAGUGGAAGAACAGCUGAGAUAGCACCAUUUGAAGAACAAAAGAAAUGUCAGAAUCAUCUCUGAAAAAGAAAAAAAAAAUCUGCUGUACUAUAAUGAAAACCUGGCUUUCUGAUUCUUUUUAUCCUACUGUUUCCCCAUAACUUGAAGUAGGAUGCUGAUGUUGGGUUUGUUUUUUUUCUCCCUUUAUCAAGCGCCCCUCCCCUCCCCCCAACAUUGAGGUUGGGGUUUUUUGUUGUUGUUUCUGUUGUUGUUUGUUUGUUUGUUUUUUGACAUCUUUUAUCACAGAGUCUCCUAACCAGCCUUUGGGGCUGAUUCUGGUUUUGAAUGAUUUUUCUUUUUCAUUGUUCAUGUGCGUUCUCUGCUGAAGAGAACAAUGUAUAAUGUACAUUUUCUGGUUUUUUCUUUGUGUAAUAGCAUUGCUAUAGUUGUCUAUCACUCUUGACAUUGCUACACAACCAUCACAUCUUCAGAUUUCUGUUCACACAAGACAACCGAGACCCUUUUGCUUCACAAGGUGAUGUUUUUUCAACUUUUAAAAGAGCAACAAGAGAGUGUCAUAACAAAUCUUAGUAGCUCUGUUAUUCCUUUUUUGUGUGUGAUGUCUUGUUAAUCAUGAUUACCUAUUUUGGGCAAUAAGAGGACUACAAUAUUUUCACAGUCCUUUUUUAUAAAUGUUUUCUUUUUUGUUGAUAAUGAAAAAAAGAGAAAAAUACAUUUCCUUUUAAUAAUACUUUGUGAAAUGAGAUUUAAAAAGAAAAAAAAAGCGUUAUAUAACUGUAAAUACUACUCCGGUCACUGCAUCGAACCAUCAUAGAGAGGGAACCAUAUUUUUGUGCUGGUGUUCUAGAGGGUGUACUGUGCGCAAAACUGACAUGCGUUAAAAUGCAAAAAGUCUUUCAGGCUCAAUGCGGUAACCGAAAUCCAUUUGUAGCACAAGAAAAGCCGUGAUUUACCCCACUGCGGACAGAACCCCAAUCAAACACUGUUAGCUUGCUCUGUAAAUACUGUGCAGGUGGCAUACCAGCAUAUUGACUUAGAUAGCGAGAUGAAGAUGUGCACAGCUUUCAAAGAGAAAGUACUUUACAGUAUACAGAAACCUACGUUAAAAAAAAAAAAGAAAUUUAACUGAAAUCCAAAGCACACGUUUAUGUUUCAUAAUUUUUAAGUACCAGACUUACAAUUUAGAUGUAGGGAGAUUUUGUAAUAGGUACUAUUUUAUUUUCCUUUUCGCCUGUUUCUUGUUUAAUUUUCCCGUAGAGUCUCCAGUCAUGAUAAAUCGUAGAACACCUGAUUUGGGAAACAAAAAAAGGCAAUAUUUCAAGAUUUUUGAAGUUGUUUCUGACUUCUCUUGAUCAAUUAGGAAGAUAACUGUUUUGUACCAUUACCUCAGUCCUGUGGGAUGUAUUUUAGAGGACAUAAUUUAUUUUACCCUGCGACAGACUAAAAUAAGAGAGAGAUUGUCUUGAAAUGAAAGUAAAUCAUUGCACUGUGAGAAAGAAUUUUAUCAUUUCUUAUUUGCACAUGUUAAAAAGAUGUUCUCUAGCAUGGGUCAUAUGAAGGAUUGCGGAGACGUGUUUCCCUGCUCAUGGUUCUCAGUCUUCUCGCUUGCGCUGAGUGAAAGACUGCGCUUUUCAAUAAUCUUUCUUUGUUCCUGGGAUGUUUUGUUUUUUAAAUUGUUAUUGUUUUUACGGAUAUGACCUGCCAACCGUACAGUUUAUUGGUAGCAGUAGUUCAAAUCCUCAGUUCAAACACUGAAACUGAAUUAGUAGCUGCUACACACACACAUAAUGUACAUGUGGAGACUGGAUUUGAGGAGAUGCUCAGUGAAAUAAGAGUGAUAUUUAAGAACUGACUGAUAUAUGCUGUUCAUCCUUGCUGCAAAUGUAUUUAGUUUUGUUUGUUUUUUUUCCUCUCUUUUCAUCAUUUUACUGAACCAACAGGUGAUACAGAAAUGCUGAACCUUUUUUUUAGAUGCGGAGACUUGAAGUAAUAAGAAACAAAGGCAAAGACAGCUUUCUGCAAACAAAAACUGUUUCAAAAGAUGAAAAAAUGAAAAAAAAAAACACUAAACCCCAGCGCGGUUUGAAUAUAAGUGGGGGAUUUUUAUUGAUAUUUUUGUGGAUGUGAAUGAUUAUGCUAAAUAUAAUGACAAUAUUACGGUUACUAUGUACUGUAUUUAUCAUUUGAUUCUCUCUCCAUUCCCUGUCACAUCAUACAAUAAUCUUUAUGUUGAUCAUUGUACUUCAGUAGUGUGUAAAAACGAGGAAAAAAAAAGAAAUAACCUUGUAAAAGAGUGCUGUCUUUGAUGCCAGUGUAGUGGUCUAUACAUUUCUCUGUUGACCCUCUUCACCCUUCUCCCGUCCCCUUCCCGUUUUGCCCUCCUUUUCGUCUUUUUGCUCUUUCUCUAUAUCUCUGUCUCACACUCUCUUAGUGAGUAGGCGUAGAUGUUAUGUACUCAACGUUAAGGUAGAGCAGUAGUUAGUAGCAGAUUUAGGACCAGUAAGGAUAGAACUUUCUCUUGAUAAUCAUUUAAAAAAAAAAAAAAAAAGAAAGAAACAAAAAAAAUAAUAA